CCCUACACACAAAAGAAAUUAAAGAUCUUACAUACAGUUUAGUUCAUAGCUUAAAAAAUGAUGAAAAUGGUAGCAUUGGUUUUUGCAAUUGUUAUCAUGACCAUGGCUUCAUUGGGCAAUGGCCUUCCUGAUGACCAAAGCCCUGAAGCUGCGGCAAAAUGGGUCCAACAGUUUCCUAAUGCACAACCUCGCUUCACAAGGCUUCACUUCUACCUUAACAACAUCCUCAACAAGGACCCUCCGGCGAGUACUCCGGUUGCGAAGGCCAACACAACCGACUCCACGCCGGAGACGAGCUACGGUUUGGUCCGAGUCAUAGAUGCUCAACUGACCGAACAAUCAUUAAGCGACUCACCCGGCGCGAAGGUCAUCGGUCGGUGUCAGGGGCUCUAUACAUUUGCCGCGCAGGAAGAAAGGGCAACCCUUAUGACCCUUAACUUCGUCUUCACCGCCGGCGAGUUCAACGGCAGCACUCUCAGCAUCUUUGGGCGUAAUUUGGUGACCGCCAAGUACCGAGAGUUCUCGGUCAUCGGCGGAUCCGGCGAUCUCCGGAUGGCGAAUGGCCUCGGGACGGCCAGCACUUACUAUCGUGAUCCCGUCUUCGGAGAUAUUCUCGAAAUGAGUUUGGCAUUCUACCGUUACACUCUUCAUCGUAGUGGUGACCAUUCUAGUUCUAUUUAAGUAGGCACUAGGCAGCUUUUGGAUGAUUCUGAAGGAUGAUGAACAAUGUAGGAUUAGCCCUAAAAUCAUCCAUUACUUUGUGCCAAUUAGUGUUAGUUUGUUACAUUUUCUGUGAUUUCCUUUUGGUUUUAUGUUGCUUCCUCAUGGUGUUUCAAUAACCUAUUUCGAGUUGUUGUACUGCGUGCUUAAUGUUUAUUGUGACCUCAAUAAAGCUUUUGAUAAUAAUAUGGCAAUGGAGAGAUCUUAU